AUGACUGUUUCCGCCGGAACGUGGACAUCUGAUCCAAGAAUUGUCAGUGAUGGAUUUAGUCGGCCAUCAAUAUUGAACAAUGGUUUAUUAUCGAGUUUAGCAAAAGGAAUGUUCGGAUUGGGUGAAACAGGUGUUCCUUCCACGCGUGCCCAUGCACCAACAACACUGCGCCAUCCAAUUACUGAAUGCAACACGCACGCAUGUUCGUUGAUUAUCGCUUCAGCUAACACAAUACUUUCCCGCACUCGCACACCGGCUGCAAUUCGCGCUUUCGCGCCAACACUUACAUUGGGCCCAAUUUUUGCCGUUGGAUCUAUCUGA